UAAUUCACUCUCAUUUUUCCCCCUCACAACCUUAGCCCAAAGACAACAUCAAACUGUGUUCUUGUUCGUUCAUUCGUUUUCAUUUUUUUUUUUUUUCAUUUUCUUUACAUUUCUGGGUUUUUCAAAGAGGAAGGAAACGGCCUUAACACGCUGCGAGAGCCAGAGAGGUCCCGGUCAUGGAGGGUGGGGACAUAUACAGGGCAAGCAACAGCCUGCGAAGGGCGAGCAGCACCUCCUCUGUAUGGAGGAGCGGCGGGAUGGACGCAUUCUCGCGGUCCUCGAUGGACGACGACGAUGAGGAGGCCCUCAAAUGGGCCGCCCUCGAGAAGCUCCCAACCUUCGACCGCCUCAGGAAGGGGAUCCUCACGGCCUCCCAUGGGGCCGGUAAUGAGAUCGACAUCCACCACCUGGGGAUCCAUGAGCGGCGCACCCUCAUCGAGCGGCUCAUCAGGGUCGCCGAGGAGGAUAAUGAACGAUUCCUGCUGAAGCUCAAGGACCGUAUCGACCGAGUUGGGAUUGAUCUUCCUACUAUCGAAGUCAGAUACGAACAUCUGAGCGUGGAGGCAGAGGCCCAUGUCGGAGGCAGAGCUCUGCCCACUUUCAUCAAUUUCACCUUUAAUAUAGUUGAGGGAUUCUUGAAUUUCUUGCACAUACUUCCCAGUAAGAAGAAGCACAUAUCAAUCCUUCAGGAUGUUAGUGGAAUCAUCAAACCUUGCAGAAUGACCCUGCUACUGGGUCCUCCUAGUUCAGGAAAGACGACUCUCUUGUUGGCUAUGGCCGGGAAGCUUGACAAAGAAUUAAAGACUAGUGGAAGGGUGACAUACAACGGGCAUGGGCUGAACGAGUUUGUGCCCCAAAGAACAGCUGCUUAUAUCAGCCAACACGACCUCCAUAUUGGAGAGAUGACUGUCAGAGAGACUCUCGCCUUCUCAGCUCGAUGUCAAGGUGUCGGGACCCGAUAUGAUAUGUUGGCAGAGUUGUCGAGGAGGGAGAAGGCAGCAAAUAUAAAACCCGACCCUGACGUCGACAUCUACAUGAAGGCAGCAGCAACAGGAGGCCAAGAGGCCAAUGUGGUUACAGAUUACGUGCUUAAGAUUUUAGGAUUAGAGGUAUGUGCAGAUACUAUGGUAGGAGAUGAAAUGCUGCGGGGUAUUUCCGGUGGGCAAAGGAAGCGUGUUACCACAGGUAAGAAUCGAACAAACAAGAAAACUAGUUCCAGUUGCUGUCGAGCUUUUAUACUACAUAGUAUAACACUUCUCCGGUCUUUUGCAGGCGAAAUGCUUGUCGGACCAGCAAAGGUGCUGCUUAUGGAUGAGAUCUCAACUGGGCUCGACAGCUCUACGACUUACCAGAUCGUGAACUCUCUCAAACAGAUCGUUCACAUCCUCCAGGGGACUGCUGUCAUAUCUCUGCUCCAGCCCGCUCCCGAAACUUACGAUCUGUUCGAUGAUAUUAUCCUGAUAUCAGAUGGUCAGAUAGUGUAUCAGGGUCCACGGGAACUGGUCCUAGAGUUCUUCGAGUCCAUGGGAUUCCAGUGCCCUGAGAGAAAAGGAGUCGCCGAUUUCUUGCAGGAAGUGACAUCCAGGAAGGAUCAGCAGCAGUAUUGGGCCCGAAGGGACGAGCCUUACAGUUUUGUUACGGUUCGAGAAUUUGCUGAGGCAUUUCAAUCGUUCCAUGUUGGAAGAAAGGUUGGGGAUGAGCUGGCAACUCCGUUCGACCGAAGCAAGUGCCACCCCGCUGCUCUGAUGACCCAAAAUUAUGGUAUCGAGAAGAAAGAACUCUUGAAGGCUAACAUCUCAAGAGAGUACUUGCUCAUGAAGAGGAACUCAUUUGUUUACGUCUUCAAGCUUGUCCAACUUGCGAUUAUGGCUUUCAUUUCAAUGACGCUCUUCUUGAGGACUAACAUGCACCGAGAUACUGUAACCAACGGAGGGGUUUAUACCGGAGCACUGUUCUUCACAGUCGUUAUGAUUAUGUUCAACGGCAUGUCUGAGCUCUCAAUGACAAUCGCAAAGCUUCCUGUCUUCUACAAGCAAAGGGAUCUACUCUUCUACCCAGCAUGGUCUUACGCUCUCCCGACAUGGAUCCUAAAGAUCCCCAUUACGUUAGUGGAAGUGGGUGUAUGGGUUUUCAUUACUUACUAUGUGAUCGGGUUCGAUCCUAAUGUAGGAAGGUUGUUUAAGCAGUACCUUCUUCUAAUACUCGUCAAUCAGAUGGCUUCGGCACUGUUCCGAUUAAUUGGCGCGGUGGGAAGGAACAUGAUUGUUGCAAACACGUUUGGUUCAUUUGCUUUGCUCACUCUCUUUGCACUGGGUGGAGUAGUCCUCUCACGAGAGCAAGUGAAGAAAUGGUGGAUAUGGGGCUACUGGGCAUCACCUUUGAUGUACGGGCAAAAUGCGAUUGUUGUGAACGAGUUCUUGGGGAAGAGUUGGAGCCAUAUACCUCCGAACACAAUGGAACCACUUGGAAUCCAAGUCCUAAAAGCCCGCGGCUUCUUCACUGAUGCGUAUUGGUACUGGAUUGGAGUUGGGGCUUUGUUCGGAUUUGUGAUACUUUUCAAUUUUGGAUUCUCGAUAGCUCUGGCUUAUCUUAACCCAUUUGGAAAAUCACAGACAGUUAAAUCAGACGAUAAUGAGGAAACCGCUGGAGGAGCCAUCGAACUGUCAGUUCCAGGAGGUGGAUCUAGUCACAGACGGGGAUCAGAAAAUGGGGAGAUUAGGAGGGGAAGCAGACAUUCGUCGAGGAUUUCAUCUAAUAGGCCGGCUUUCAAUACUAACGGGAGAAGAGGAAUGGUUCUUCCGUUCGAGCAGCACUCGUUAACCUUCGAUGAGAUUAAAUACUCUGUCGAUAUGCCAGAGGAAAUGAGGAGUCAGGGUGUUAUGGAGGACAAGCUGGUGCUCCUCAAGGGAGUGAGCGGCGCUUUCAGGCCAGGAGUUCUCACGGCCCUUAUGGGCGUCAGUGGUGCCGGUAAGACUACUCUUAUGGAUGUCUUGGCCGGAAGAAAGACUGGAGGAUACAUAGAGGGCAACAUCACAAUUUCCGGGUAUCCGAAAAAGCAGGAAACUUUCGCUCGGAUUGCGGGUUACUGUGAGCAGAAUGAUAUCCACUCUCCUCAUGUGACAGUGUAUGAGUCCCUGCUUUACUCUGCCUGGCUUCGUCUUCCACCCGACGUCAACAGCGACACCCGAAAGAUGUUUAUCGAGGAAGUGAUGGAACUUGUGGAGCUCAAACCAUUGAGAAACGCACUGGUUGGCUUACCCGGAGUGAACGGCCUCUCCACGGAACAACGGAAGAGGCUUACCAUAGCAGUUGAAUUGGUGGCAAACCCAUCUAUAAUCUUCAUGGAUGAGCCCACAUCAGGACUUGAUGCCAGAGCUGCUGCCAUCGUAAUGAGAACUGUCAGAAACACUGUGGACACGGGGAGAACUGUCGUCUGCACGAUCCAUCAGCCAAGUAUCGAUAUCUUUGAAGCCUUUGAUGAGCUUUUCUUGAUGAAGCGAGGAGGGGAAGAAAUAUACGUUGGUCCAUUGGGUCGUAACUCUAGUCAAUUGAUACAGUACUUCGAGGGAAUUGAAGGGGUUAGCCAGAUUAAAGACGGAUAUAACCCGGCGACAUGGAUGCUUGAAGUGACGACUAAUGCACAAGAGAUGGCUCUGGGAGUCGACUUUGCUGAUUUGUAUAGACGAUCAGACUUGUACAGGAGGAACAAGGCAUUGAUCAAGGAACUUAGUGUACCUGCUCCCGGUUCUUCGGACCUCUACUUCCCGACACAGUAUUCGCAGUCAUUGUUCACACAGUGCAUGGCCUGUCUAUGGAAGCAGAGCUGGUCUUACUGGAGGAACCCGCCCUACACAGCUGUUCGGUUCCUCUUCACGACCUUCAUCGCUCUUAUGUUCGGGACAAUGUUCUGGGACCUUGGAUCGCGAAGGAAAACGCAACAAGAUCUAACCAAUGCGAUGGGCUCGAUGUAUGCUGCUGUUCUCUUCCUUGGUGUCCAGAACUGCUCGUCAGUGCAGCCUGUGGUGGCGGUUGAGCGGACAGUAUUCUAUAGGGAACGAGCUGCUGGAAUGUACUCAACCUUGCCUUAUGCUGUAGCACAGGUUCUGAUCGAAAUCCCCUACAUCCUUGCACAAGCAGUGACAUAUGGAGUGAUAGUGUAUGCGAUGAUUGGAUUCGAGUGGACCGUUGUGAAGUUCUUCUGGUACCUCUUCUUCAUGUACUUCACAUUGCUCUACUUCACCUUCUAUGGCAUGAUGGCAGUGGCUGUGACCCCUAACCACCAUAUCGCUUCCAUAGUCUCUGCCGCCUUCUAUGGGCUGUGGAAUCUCUUCUCAGGAUUCAUCAUCCCACGAACGAGGAUGCCGGUUUGGUGGAGGUGGUACUACUGGGCAUGCCCGGUUUCGUGGACCCUGUACGGACUAGUCGCGUCGCAGUUUGGUGAUAUAAAGACGACCUUUGAUGAUGGCCAAAGCGUGGAAGAUUACGUUAGAGAGUAUCUCGGAUAUAGACAUGACUUCGUUGGAGUGGUUGCAGCCGUGGUGGUCGGAUUCACCAUUCUAUUUGCAGCCACAUUUGCAAUUUCGAUCAAGGUGUUCAACUUCCAAAGGAGAUAAGGAACCCGAAUAGCUUGAUACCGCUUAGUAAUCUAGUCAAUUAGAACUAGAGAUGCAUGUUUUAAGAGCCUAGUUGUAUAUUUUCCUUCUUAAAUGUUCAGUUAAGUUGUGCGAUCUUAUGUAGAAACUGUUCAUCUUCGAACGAAGAAAUUGAAGUGAUUCUUUUGUUCUUUCUUACA